GACGCCUCCUCCCCACACCCGAUCUCCACCCCCCCGCCCAAACCCGCGCCAUUUCAAACCCCGCCCGAACCCCCACCCCGAGCAUGGCCGACGCGCCGCCGCCCGCGAGCUCCUCCGAUCCGCCCCCGCCGGCGGGGCCCGACGAGCCGCUCUCCCUCGGGUACCUCUCGCUCCGCCAGGCCGGGCCCGCCAGCGAGGAGGAGGAGGCCUCCCCCUCGCCCGCGGGGCCGCCCGGCGACCGGUGCAGGGCGAUGAUGGAGGUGGUGAGGAAGGACAGCGUCGCAGGCGCCGGGGCGGUUGGGGAGGAGGGCAAGUGGAAGGUGUCCAAGCUGGUGGCUGAGCACAACCACGGGCUGGACGCGGCGCCGGCGGGGGAGGCGGCGGCCGCGCCGGCCCUCGGGAUGGAGUUCGACUCCGUGCACGACGCCAAGGGCUUCUACUACGGCUACGGCGAGAGGGCCGGGUUCAAGGCCCGCACCGGCUCCAACCGCCGCUCGGCCGGCACGGGGGCCAUGAUCAUGCAGCGGUUCCUCUGCUGCAGAGGCAACUACUCGUACAGGAAGGGUAAUAAGGCCAGGGAUUCGGAUGCCGCCAAGGAGGUGGCGGAGGGUGCCGCGGGGGAAGGGGAAGGGGAAGGGAAGGCUGGGGCGCAUAAGAAGAGGGGCCGCAAGCCCGGGAAGAAGAGCACGCCGGUGAUCGAGCUGGAGAACUCAGUGGAGAAGGGCGUUGCAAGAGCAGCCGCAGGUAAUGGGCAAGUAGUGCCUAGUACGAAGAAUUUGGGGAGAGGUGGGGACACGAAGGAUGUCGCGGAGAAGGAUGUCGAGUCUGUUGUCGAACUGGAGGAAGAGCAUGAUGAGGUGGAGGAUGCUACACAUGAUGGCGCCCAUGACCUCGGUGACGGAGACGGUGCUAAUUCUGAUGCUGAUGAGGAUGAAAUGGAAAAGGAGGUGAAGGUCAAGGAAAAGAGAGGGAGGGGGAGGCCGAGAAAGGCUGUUACAGAAGGCAAUGCCCUGCAGGCAUGUGCGUCGACGGACCUUGGUGUGACGGCGUCGCAGUGCGCUAUUGAUGAGAGAAAGAAGAUACUUCAUAAGUAUCUGUCGAAGCGACAGAGCAGACCUUCCUCAGGCAGGCCUGCCAAGAUUGUCUCACGCCAAGCUUUGGCGGAAAGGCGUAAGCGUGGUGAUGGAGGUAGAUUUCUGGCAAGCGAUGGACCCCUGCCAUCAGAAAGGCGAUCAAAACGUCUUGAGAAGCAAAAUCUUCAAAAUGAAAAGAAGCCUGAGAGUAAAGAAGAUGAAAUAGUUGAAGCAGAACAGGAUCCAGAAACGGAAGUAGUAGCUGGGCCUGGAGGAGAGCCAAAAGUGGGUAUGGUUUUCCUGAAUGAAGACAAGGCCUAUGAGUUUUAUGUCAGCUAUGCUGGAACUGCAGGAUUCAAUGUCCGAAAAGGAUGCUCUGAGAAAACAGCAAAUAAUGUUACGAGAUCUCGGGCUUAUGUAUGUUCUAAAGAGGGAUUCCGCCAUAAAAGUGUUACUGCUGAGACAAAGAAACAACGAGCAGAAACAAGAACUGGCUGCGAAGCACACAUGACUGUUAAAAUCACUACUAGCGGCAAAUAUGUAGUGACGGAGUAUGUGGCUGAUCAUAACCAUGACCUUGAAGCUCCUGUGGUGGACAUUCAGAUUCUGAGAUCGCAGAAGUUAUUAGCAAAGUUACAGCAGCCUCUGGAUCCACCAAAAGUUGUUUUGAUACCAAAUGACUAUAAAAAUUAUAUUAGGACAAGGCACACAAAGGAUAUGCAAUUGGGCGAUGCUCGGGCAAUUUCUGAAUAUUUACAGAGGAUGAAAGGCCAGAAUCCUUCAUUCUUUUAUUCCAUUCAAGUGGAUGAAGAUGACCAAUUCAGAAAUGUAUUCUGGGCAGAUGUUAAAUCAAUGAUGGAUUUUAACUACUUUGGUGAUGUAGUGUGUGUUGACACAAGGUAUAGUACAAGUGAUUAUUGUAGGCCUCUGUUUUUAUUUAUUGGAGUUAACCAUCAUAAGCAGCCAACCAUAUUUGGUACAGCGUUUAUUUAUGAUGAAUCUGUUGAAUCCUUCAAGUGGUUGUUUGAAACAUUCAAAUCUGCUAUGAGCGGAAAUCAGCCAAGAACAGUUUUGACUGACAGCUGUACAACAAUAAGUGAUGCAGUCGAUGCUGCUUGGCCAGGGACUGCCCAUCGCUUCUCACUGUUGCAUUUAUAUCAAAAUGCCACCAAGGUACUAAGAGAUACAUUCCAAGGUUCUGAAACUUUUGCCCAUGAUUUUAGUAGGUCUUUGUAUGACUAUGAGGAGGAGGGGGACUUCUUGUCUAGCUGGGAAAUCCUCUUGGCAAAGUACAAUCUGAAAGACAAUGAGUGGCUAAGUAAAUUGUAUGAGGAGAGAGAAAGAUGGGCUUUGCCUUAUGGGCGUGAUAUAUUCUGUGCAGAUAUUGCAGCCACACUCCGAAAUGAUUACGUGGAUGCCAUCUUGACAGAUGUUCUUAAAACAGAGAUAGACCUUCCACACUUCUUUAACAGAUAUGAUAAAUUUCUGGAGGAGAAACGUCUAGCUGAACAACAAGCUGAUUACCUUGGAGUUCAAAUGACACAGAGGGUACCACCUCUGCGGUUACUUUGGCAAGCUGCUAAUACAUAUACUCCUGCAUUGUUUGAGAUGUUCAGGUUAGAAUUUGAACUGGUCUUGGCCUGCAUGGUUUAUUGCUGUGGUGAAAUUGGACCAAUAUCCGAGUAUGAGGUAACUGUCAAAAACAGACCUCAAGUUCAUUUUGUUAGAUUUGACUCAUCAGAAUAUAUGGUCGUUUGUAGCUGCAAGAAGUUUGAAUUUGUAGGCCUUCCAUGUUGCCAUGUGCUGAAAGUUCUUGAGAUAAAAAAUAUUAAAGAACUUCCACCACGAUAUAUUUUGAAAAGAUGGCGAAAGGAUGCUCAGAGUGAAUCUACAAAGGAGAACUUCGGUUUUGCUGCUGUGGAUGAAGAUCCCAAGUUCAUGGUGUCUAAACGGCACAAUUCGCUGUAUCGAACUUUAUAUAAAGUGGCAGCAAAGGCUGCAGAAAACAUUGAAGGUCAGAGAUUUAUGGAGAGCCAAUAUGAUCAGCUCCUGGAGCAAGUUGAGAUUCUUCUGCAAGCAAAGUUGCAUGAUAAGCCUUCCUUAAGCACUAUCAUGAGAAGUCAACAGCCAAAUUUGCUUCAGAAUGAUACCAGCAACAGUGAACCUCGCAGAGCAAGUAGUAAGAAAAAUAAAAAUGUAGAGAACCGUCGCCGGCAGCAAAGUCCUCUUGAAUCAAGUAAAAAGAAAAAAGGUAGACAAGGUCUAGUGGAACCUGAGGAGGCUGAACUCCCACUUGGGGUUCUUGCUCCCACUAUAUCGAAUGACAUUCCGAAUCACAUGAGUACUCCAACCAACCAGUUCCUGGCACCAAGUCAUCUGAUGCAGCUUUACCAAAACAGGCACCAUAUGUUACACAGCAGUUUGGUCUUAAUUCUCUUCAAGGAUUUUCUGGCAUGUCCCCAUUUGGGCAGAUGCAGGAACAAUCACCUGUUCAUCUUCAGCAACCUCAUCUACAACAACCACCCUUUCAUAGUGGUCCUCAAAUGCACCAGGCGCCCCCUCCAGAUAUCCAGUCAUUGCAGUUUCUUAGCAGCAAUCCUCAGUUGGGCCACCAGACCACGGAUCAAGGCCAGUACACCAUCCCAGUAUGGGAUUUCCUGUGAUGUAUUAUCUGUUUACGCCAGAAUGUAGAAACUCAAGUUUCCUAGUUGUAAACUAUGUAACGAGAAAUAAUGUAGAAACUGAGCUAUCCUCCCUGGCUCACCUUGUUUAUAUUAAUGUAAAUAUGGAGCGUUGGUGAAA